AUGAAGAUUUUCCCACGGUUUCCAGUGGCGAACCCUUCGCCGUCCACGUCUAUGGAUCUGAGCGCCACUCAAAAUAAACUGAUCUGUGACGUUUGCGGUGAUGUGGCUUUCGGAAAGCAUUAUGGUAUUAACGCCUGUAAUGGUUGUAAAGGCUUCUUUCGAAGGAGCGUUUGGAGUCGUCGACAGUACUCGUGUCGAUUUGGUGGCGAUUGCCCGGUGGUAAAGGAACAUCGGAAUGUUUGUCGGUCGUGUCGGCUGAAGAAGUGUUUUGAAGUAGGAAUGAAUCCUGAUUCCGUUCAAAAUGAACGUGAUCGGAAUGUGAAGUCUGGAACGACGAUGCCAAUGGCCCCUUUGGCCAAUGGGAUCUUCAAACGGAAAAAGAUCCGACCGCAAAUGAACGAGCAAGGGAGCCAGACCGAUCCACCGUUGAGUCCAACACCGAACACGACGACAGAAAGGCCGGUGAAAGUGGAACGAGCAGCUACACCACCUGAAUGUCACGAGUUACCCACACCCAAUUCCUAUGACAUGUUCAACAUACCGGAAACCCUUAUGGCAUUGGAAAAUCAGGUUUUCUCCCACACCCCGAUCGAAGCUGACUAUUCGAUAAAUGCCACGAAAAGGCAGAUAAAUCUCCCAUUUGAAGUGGUAUUUCGAAGGCCAGUGCUGGUGAGCCCUCGGUAUCCCAUGAGGUUGAGCCAUUCCUACUACUCAAUGAAAUGUGGUGCUCCUGGAUUAUGUUUCGCUAACGGCGCCUUUCACCCAGUUGAAGGAGGGCAUCCGAGCAUUGUUGAUUUCUAUAAGCAAUGUAUGCCACGUCUGAUGAGCUACGUAAUCGGUCCGAUGCGAUCGAUGGCUAUGGAUGAUGUGGAGUUCGUAUUGCUGAAGGCGAUUGUGUUUUUCGGUGAAGAUUUCGGUCUGAGCUCCGAAGGGAAAAGUGUGGUGGCAAAAGGAAAAGAACGUUUCCUGAACGCCCUUUACGCCUAUGUGAGAAGCCAGAAGGUGGACAAUGCACCGCAUGCCACUUGUCGCGUCGCCAAGUAUAUGCUGAUGCUCUCCGCACUCACAGCACUCUGUCAUCUGUUGAACGAGGAAGUUCAAAUGACAAGCCUUUUCAACAUAAUCGAAUUUGACGAAUUAAUUCAAGCCUGCCACAAAACGAGUCCGCCACGCUCACGUUGA